CCAAAAGAAAAGCAAAGAAGCAAUCCACUGUUAAAACUAAUUUCAUCACCUUCUUCUUCUUUGUCAAAACCCAUAAAAGAAUGACUUCAUGGAAGAAAACAAUCGCAACGCCAUUCAGAAAAGCGGCGACGUUCUUUAACCAACCGCAGCAAACGUCGCACAACCGCCACGCAAACGCGAAGGCGAGGGAGGAACACGAGAGAAGAACGGUGAAUGAGCUUCAAGGUGAUGUCAUGGCUUGUGGCUAUGAAGAUGUCCUCGUCAUGUGGUCAAUUCUUGACAAGUCAAACUCUUCAAACAAUCUCAGUUCUUGAUUAGUUUAUUACAACAACAAAAAUUUCGAAUCAUCUCUUUUUCAUUUUAUUUUCCAUGUGUAUAGUUUAUAUUAGCCCGCCAUGGCUCUCAUCUUUCUCAUUUAUCUUCAUGUGGUCGCGGCUUCUUUCCUUAAGCUUUUAGUGAAUUUUUAUCCGAUGAUUAGUUUUGAUUCGGAUGUUAUUAAUCCCCAUGAUGUUCUGAUCGAAUUCACGGUGCGAUUUUUCAUUUAGUUUGAAAGAAAUCAAGUCUUAGUUUACAUUCCUGUUUCAUUUGUACGGUUUCUUUGUUUUUGUUUUUGCAAUUUACGGAACCAUAAAGGAAUCUGAUAUGUUAAGCACGUUGAUAAUUUGAGAUUGUACCUAAUUGUGAUUAUUAUAAGAAAUAAAUGAA